ACCGAGAUGGAGAGCCUUGGAAGGAAUCAGAGAACAAGGAGAAGCUAAUUGCUCGCGCUUUAAGUCACACGUGCAUUAAGUAAUCAGUUCUAGUCUGUAUUAAAUAAAGUCAGCAUCUUUAUAUAUUUUUACCUAAACCGAAAUGUUGUAAUAGUUCCUCGUGCGUUAAAACUGCCUUAAAUGUAGCAUAAUAAUCAAAUAAAUAAUACGCUCGCUACACGCUGAAACUUCAGCUAGUAGUGCAAUCAACGGUUGAUCAGACAUAACCUCACAUUUUCCAAUAAUAUUUCUUAAUAAUUAAGGAAGUUUUUAUUUAUUAGUAGAAUAUUUUAAUAACAAUUACAGAAAACACUUUCUUAUUUACAUAAUAUUGCUUAACUGUUAACCAGCUAUUUUAUUUUCAAGUAGUAUGACUACACGAUAAACAAAGGUUUAUUUUUAAUAAUAAUAAAUGACAGUUGUUUUGAUAAGUUUAAACAGUAAUAUUUUCGAUUGCAACUUGUUCUCUUAACACACUUGCAUUUAUUCCAAAUUUCUUAUAACAUGAGUAAACUAUUAAAUUCAUUUAUGUACAAUCUAUAUACAAACUCGAUAGUGUCAUAACCAAUCAACGCGUUUCAGCUUCAGAAUUUUUGUGUGUUCCAUCUUGUCAAGAAAAGUGUAUCUGUGUUACAACGUUUUGAUACUGUGAUCGAAGACACCUAUCAAGGAAAUUGACACAUUAUUAAUUAAUAUUAAAGAGUUUUAUGCAAUUGACAAUUUGCUUGAUUAAUUCCGACAAAUGUACUACGAACUGUACCAGCUAUAAUAUAAACGUAAUAAAAAUUAUAAAGUAAAGUAUAUCAUGUGCCAUUUGAAAGUGUCUACUAUUAAGAAGAAAUAAAUAUGGAACAAGUACAUAACAGAAACAGGGAUGAGCUACUCUCGAAAUUGAUUAAAUGUGAUCACGACACGUAUGAAGAAUUUUGUAAGAAUAUUGUUAUUUUCCUGGAAGUUUAUGAUAAACAGAUGACUAUCACAGAACUGAAUAAUGAUUGUUUACGGGAGAAACUGUGGAAGAAAUUAUUUCAUUAUCUAAGAGAUUACAGCCAUUUAGAUCAUUGUCAUCAUUUCAUAGCUGCUUUGAGAAUACUCAGCCGAGACAAAACUAACUUGAAUGACUUAAUUACUGAUGACGCAUUAAAUAUUAUAUUACAAAAUGCUAGUUUAACAAAAAUUUGCGAGGAGAAGCAAAUCUCAUACACAACUGUUACAAUAGAAUCAUUGAAAUUAUUAUGCAACUUGUUGUACAAUAGCGUAAAAGUACAACAGUCAGACGUAGUAAUAUCUUGCUUGCCAUAUCUUAUUGACCGAGUUGGAAAUUAUAACAACGAUGUUCCCCAUGAUGUUAAGUUGUUCGAUAUUAGAAUACUAUUUUUAAUCACUGCAUUAAAUACUUCUACAAGGAAUAUAAUAAAAAAUGAUAUACGUGGUGACGUAUGUCUCAUUAAAAUAUUGGAAGACUUUGUGGCACAAAACAAAGAUAGUGAAACAGUUGCAGUUCAGACUGAAGAAAUAACGAUUCUUUGUGAAGUUUUAAAGGUUCUGUUUAAUUUGUACAUACACUCUGAUAGCGUUGCAAUUGAAGAUCAAGAGAAAUACAGGAACUUGGAAUUAAUCCUAUCUAAACUGUUAACUUUUAAAUAUGCACAACAGCAAGAUGAUCUUGAAAGCUUCGUGGUCAAUCUAUUCACUGUCAUACCAUUUAGCCAUCCGACACCAAUUAUACAGUCUACUGAAAGCAAGAAUGCACACGAUAACACAAUUAUGUACGGAGACGCCGAUAUGAGCACUAUAUGUGUUUUACUUAAGUUUUUAGAUAAAAGAUUAGACUGUAAGACACGUGUAGUAGAAAACAUUUCUCCAGUGAUUACCGCACUGAUCAGACUCGUCAAGGCAGAGAAGAUUAUUCGCGAAUACGUAAGGUUUCAGAUUCUACCUCCAUUGAAGGAUGUAAUGAAUCGUCCUGAAGAAGGAACUACGUCGAGGGCCAAGUUAUGCAAGUUGCUAACGUCGCCUCUUACCGAGUUACAUGAUCUAGUUGCGGAACUUUUAUUCGUUCUUUGUAAAGAGAAUGUUAGUCGCAUGGUAAAGUAUACAGGAUACGGAAAUGCGGCAGGAAUGCUAGCUAAGAAGGGAUUGUUGGGACGUAGCCAAGCAGAGACUCAUUCUUCUGAUUCAGAGGACAGCGAAACGGAGGAAUAUCUCAAAUAUAAGGAGCAAAUAAACCCAAUAAUCGGAUGCUACGAACCACCCAAAUCAAAUCCACUUGAAGGUAUGACAGAGGAGCAAAAAGAGUACGAAGCCUUACAAUUAGUAAAUCUUGUUGAUAAAUUAACAAGGGAAGGAGUUGUGCGUCCUUGCCGUAUCGUAGAUGACGGGAAACCAGAACCUAUAGAACACGUUCUGGAAUUACAGAACGAAUUACCGAAACAGCAAUAUGGUCGGAAGGAUUCUGAUUCAGAAUAAAAGUGUUACGUACCUUCAAAAUUUGCAGAACGAUUUAUAUAUAAGUUAUAUGUAUAUAAGAUGUAUUGUAGCAAUAAAAAAUAUCUCCCUAAAUAAAGAUCUCUAAAUGAAAA